GUUAACUCCUUUUGCAUUAUUAAUGUGGAAGCCUCAGACUUAAGCUGUGACUUUAAAUUAAUUGAGGUGUAAGAACAUUAACUGUUAUUACAACUUUGGCAGGAAGAGCCUGAAAUAAUGAUGUUGCUGUAAUGGCUGGAAAUUAGACCGAAAAGGUUGAUUAAAACUAUAUUUGGGAUUGAAAAGAAAGAAGUAAAAUACUUUUUGCAAAGUAUUGAAGCAUGGCAAGCCUGUCGAUUCGUUAUGGAAAGUAAAUGUAUUUUACGAUGUUCGGAAAUGGUUGUAGGGUGAAAAAAACAAAUGGUUUGUUUAGUAUAGAGCUUAUUCUAUUUAAUACUAUUUGGACAUAGUUUGGCAAAGGUUUUAGUUUCGUCGAUUUUGAUUUCUAGUAGAUUGCUUCCUAAUGCUUUCUCCACGUGCUACGCUGCUUAUAUUUUUAGUUAUUAAGAGCUUUUUACCCAUAUGUCCAGUACAUCAGCGAAGUUGGAUGACGUCACGCGGACGUCACCAGCUUGCUGUCAAAAUGGGGAGGAGUUGCGAUCGGGAGGAGAGCGCGCUGGCCCCGCCCCUCGCCCCCGCAACGCGCCACCACUAUAUAUAGCUGCGACCUUCCGAAGCUCACCAGUCACCACCGCAGCUCGUAGUCAGACGCUCGUCGAUUCACACUCAAAACUUUACGUCGAGUUAUCACGAUGCGUUACUGCGUGGCCGCCCUGUGGCUGUCGGCGCUCACCACGCUGGCCGUGGCCGCGGCCGACGACGCGCACCACGACGUCGCCGCUCCGCAGAAUGACAACGAAGUAGAGUUAACCGAGGAAGAGAAACGCGCGUGGUCCAGUCUGCACGGCGGGGGCGGCUGGGGCAAGCGGGGCUGGCAGGACAUGAGCUCCGCCUGGGGCAAGCGCGCCUGGCAGGACCUCAACUCUGCCUGGGGCAAGCGCGGCUGGCAGGACAUGAGCUCGGCGUGGGGCAAACGCGGCUGGCAAGAUCUCAACUCAGCAUGGGGCAAGAGGGGCUGGCAAGAUCUUAACUCCGCCUGGGGCAAGCGCGCCUGGAGGGACAUGUACCAGUCUCCUUGGGGCAAGCGCGGCUGGAACGAUAUGAGCUCUGCCUGGGGCAAGCGCGGCUGGAAUGAUAUGAGCUCGGCCUGGGGUAAGCGCGGCUGGAACGACAUGAGCUCUGCUUGGGGAAAGCGGGGCUGGAAUGACAUGAGCUCAGCUUGGGGCAAGCGGGGCUGGAACGACAUGAGCUCAGCCUGGGGCAAGCGGGGCUGGAACGACAUGAGCUCAGCUUGGGGCAAGCGAGGACCUGAAAAGUGGGCCAACUUCCACGGCUCGUGGGGUAAGCGCUCUGAGGACCCGGACUACGAAGAGAUCGACGUCGCCCUGGACCAGCUCGCACCCAUCCAACAGCUCCCGGACAGCGAACGAAUGGAUACCCCCGAGAAGAAGGCCUGGUCUGCGCUGCACGGCGCCUGGGGCAAGCGACCCGUCAAGCAAGCCCAGUUCAACAGCGGAGCGUAUUACUGGAAGCGGGAGCCCGCCUGGACUAACUUAAGAGGGAUGUGGGGCAAGCGCUCAGCGCUGGGGGAAGCGGACGCGGACGCGGUAGACGAUGACCACGAGAGCAGUGCGAGCAACGAGGCCUAGACUACCGGAAUCUGUGUAUAAUAUUAUAUAACUAAAUAAAACUAAUACUGUAUAACAACCGUCAUAUCUUAGGUACUGUCUGUCUGUCAAUCUCUCCAACACUAUUCAGUUUCUUAUAGCUUAUCCAUGUAAUCAAACAUUAAUGUUAUUCAUUACUUAAAUCUUUUAAAGUAACGCAAUUCAAAAUUAUGUUUCAUAAUGUAAUUAUUGUCAAAAGUUGAAUAUAACUUAUUGGAUUAUAACAAUGUAAUUUAUUAUCUAUUAGCAUUAUGUAUUUGAUUCGCUAACUCACCAAAACAACAAGUAUUUUAAUGUAAUUUCGAAUUGUCGCUAUUUACCAUAGAGUAUUAAUUUCUGAAGGCACAGAUUAUAAAUCGUGUAAUUCGUUUCACUUCCAACCAGUGAACCGCAUUACCGGUGAACAUCGCGCUCCUAUUGGUUUCCACGUUCCGUUUCACAUUAGGUAUAUGUAUUGAGCCGCGGGGUUUCAUAUUAUAGUUUGUAUUCAGUUAUAAACAAAUCGUUUUGUUGUGUUGGUACCGCGCCCGCGCUCUCCGCUUCCUGUAUUGUUACUCGUACAAAUAUAGUUGUUACUACGUCACCUUCUAGUGUAAACGAGAUUUUUAUCAAAUAUAAUAUAUUUAUAUUAAGACAUAGCGUUUAUUUUUACGACAUUUGAUAUUAAGUGAGCCGGCGUGGGCGGGCGCGAGCUGCGCCGGCGCCGGCGUGUACUACGUAAGUGUCACAUGAUAACUGUAUUAAAUACUAGUUAGAUAAUUAAUUGUAUUUUAUUAGUCAAGUUGAUGUACAUUGUACUGUGAGGCUUCGCGAGAGGUUCAUGUUUGUCCAAUAAAAGUUUAUUCGGAAGCC